AUGACAAACACGCGAAAUGAAACUAACAUUACUGUUUCGUCCGAAGACCGUGCAAAAUUUAAUCGGAAUAAAUCUAAAGACAGUAUAGAAUUAUUCGAAAAGACAAUAAUGGAUUUACUUUAUGGAGAAACAUGGAAAGAAAAAGCUGAAGGGUACUCCUUCCAGAAGAAAGAAGUUGGAUCGGAUGGACAAGUUCAUCACGAUGCCUUAUUGCAAUACCCAUCGGGCCAAGUGAGACGUGCCGAAUUAUUCUUCAACAGAAGUGCGGUUCAUCUCCCUCCAUCUCACUUUACGCGAGCCGGCCAGAAUAUCCUCAAGAUCACAAACGAUUACAUGCAGACUGCCGUGAAUGCUUUCGCGAUAUUUGUCUAUGGAAACGUCAACGAUAUUUACCGUUUGCCUCCAGAUUAUGUGCUCCGUUCUGCGCGAACUAUAGCAAUGCUACAGAUACCGCUCGAAAAACUCGUUGCUACUUGGUAUGUCGUUAAACAGGACCGGCCAACGUCGACUAUUUCGUAUCGCGAUUUAGAAUUGUACAGACCGCUGUUUAAGCACUUGAGCGGACGAGAAAUGGCCAAAUUGAACCUAAGCGAUGAAAGGAUUGUGUACUAUAUCGGUACACAUUUGGAUCUUAAUAGACAUCAAGUCGGAGUCAUAGCGAACCGCUACAUAGAACUGAACCCAAAUUGGACUAAGCCGAAAUAUUUGAACUUAAUGAAUAACCUUUUAUGUGGAAUAGCGCUUCCGCUGAUGCGUGGUAUACAAGAAACUACAUAUCUACAAUUAUCUAGUCAGGUAUUUUCCCACAUACGAGCGUGUGACCCGCUACAAAAAAGAUUUUACUUGGGAAAGAUGACCAGAAGUCAGGUGUAUGGUAAAUCGUAUAGCUGGGGCGCCCGUGAUGUGUCUCAUUUAGGAUUGCUGUUGAUGGAGCUCGACGGGACGGAUUUUAGUGCGAUAAAACCUAAGGCGAUGUCUGGUUUCACACCGCACGUACUGCAGGAGAUGCCUGUUUCGACUCUGAAACACAUAACAAAGGCACAAACCCGUUAUUUGAGCCAUAAAUGUCAAAUAUUACUUGCCAAAAAACUGAAAAUGUAUGAAGAAGACCAACUUUUUACAUUCAGUAGUGCUUCUUUUAUAGCCAUACCAUUAUAUAUUAACCUCAUUUUAAUUCUCUAA